AUGUCAGAUCCUACGUACACAGUAUACAGCUAUUUCCGCUCCUCUUGCUCCGCCCGGCUUCGAAUGGUGCUCAACCUGAAGGGCAUCGAGUAUGAUCUAAAAACCAUCAACCUCCUCAAAGGCGACCAGCUCACUAGCGAACACAAAGCACUCAAUCCAACCGCUACCGUGCCCCUGCUGAUUCGCACGGCUGGUGAUGGGAGUGUCUUCAAAGUCGGCCAAUCAGUGGCAGCUAUCGAGUACUUGGAGGAAACACACCCCCAAGGCCAUCACAUCUUGCCGCCCGUAUCGAAUCCAGAAGCGAGGGCAGCCACACGUGCCUUGGCUGGCAUUAUCGCCUGCGACCUGCAGCCAGUCACAAACUUGAAGAUUAUGAAGCGGAUCAAGGCAAUGGGGGGCAAUGCAGAGCAAUGGAACAGGGAGAUUAUGACAGAAUUGCUCGAAGCCUAUGAAAGCGCUGCGAAGGAUUGGGCAGGCGAGUAUUCCGUUGGCGAUGACAUAACUUUGGCAGAUGUAUGCCUGUUGCCGGCUGUGUGGAAUGCUCAGAGAUACGGCGUUGAUCUCGAUGCCUUUCCAAUCAUUACCAGGGUUAGUGAAAAGCUAGGCAAGCAUCCGGCAGUCAUCAAGGCGCAUUGGCAGAAUCAGCCUGAUACGCCCGAAGAGCUGCGAGCGAAAUGA